GACACAGACUCUUGAGAGUUUCUUCAUUCUCCUCAGUGCUCCGGGUGCAUCCAAGGCAAGAUUGGCCUCCAAGCUGCCAAGCACGGAACUCAGGAGUCCCAAGCUACAUCAGGGGCAAAAUUCCUCCCUGGGUCCUGACUGCAUGAAUCCUGCUGGGGAGCCGGACUCCAGGGAUCAUGGAGCCCUUCAGCUCAAGAAACCUUGCCCUGCAGGCAGAGAAGAAACUCCUGAGCAAGAUGGCGGGGCGGUCAGUGGCACAUCUCUUCAUUGAUGAGACCAGCAGUGAGGUGCUAGAUGAACUUUACAGGGUGUCUAAAGAGUAUACUCAAAGCCGAGGUGAGGCCCAGCGGGUCAUCAAGGACUUGGUCAAGGUGGCCAUCAAGGUGGCUGUUUUGCAUCGAAAUGGGCGGUUUGGUCCUGGGGAGAUGACCCUGGCGGAUCGAUUCCGCCAGAAACUUCGUCAAGGUGCCAUGACAGCUCUCAGCUUCGGUGAAGUAGACUUCACCUUUGAAGCGGAUGUGCUGACUGCCCUGUUAACAGAGUGCCGGGACACCUUACUAGAGUUGGUAGAGCACCACCUCACAACCAAGUCUCACGGCCGUAUCCGCCAUGUCUUUGAUCACUUCUCGGAUCCCAGCCUGCUCACCGCCCUGUAUAGUCCGAGCUAUGCCCAACACCUUGGCAAGAUUUGUGAUGGGCUCAGAAAGCUGCUGGAUGAAGGAAAGCUUUGAGGGGCAGCUCCCUGGCUCCAUUCUCCCAAAAAGGUGGAUUCUGAACAGGCAACAGGCCCCAACUCUCUAGCCCUUCUCAUCUACUUUAACCUCUUCUACCCUUCUGGCUUGGGGUUCCUUAGAUCAUUGUUGGUUCUGGUGAUCUCUUACCCUCUAGGUGGAAAACAAUGGGGAUUGAUAAGCCCCUCCCUCCCCUGAGCCUAUGGCCACCAGACAGGAAAUGAAGCUGCCUGAAAAAGAUGAAGUGAAAGUCAGACCUACUUCCUCCUGAUCUGGACACAUGAUAUGGGGAAAGUCCUUCUAGCACCCCAAGCUGCUGAUGGGGAGGGAGUCAAACUCAAGGCCAGCCCAAUGGCCAGUCCUGUGGACAGUUUGGAGGGACAUUAGAAGUCUUGUUUCCAGAAAGGAUUAGAACAGGGGAAGAUACUCAGAAGGGCAAUAAAUCUAUUAAAACAUGUA